AUGUUGUCUCAACAAUUCAUUGUGCCCGUCUCUGCGUUGCUCUCAGUCCUAUCUGAUGAAUGUCGGUGGUCUACCUGCUUUCUCUCGACGCUGGUGCCCUUGGCAACUCUCCAGCAAGCAUCAAACUCUCAGAAUCCAGAAGAUUCUCUGAGGUUCCUCCUGAUCCUAGUCCUGGCCCUCUUCGUCGCAACGUUCGUGCAGUCCAUGGUUGGAGUGCGGCAGGUGGUGAAGAGAGGAGAUGUUGAAGGCGUCAUCAGCGACCUCUUCUCCCUCCUCUUCACUGGAGCUGCUUCAGGGCAUGCGAUCCUUGCACUGAAUGAUCUCGGUCAACAGAACCAGUCAGCAGUCUUGUUUUUGAUACUCCUCGACGGUGCACUGUUGGCCCUUGUUGGACAUUUCUUUCUGAGAGGGACAUGGCUGGUUGCAGCAGGCGUGCUAGGCGUGCUGUCGUUCCUACAGUACAGCAAAGAAGAGAUGUCAAGGGUGCAGGAGGUUGCUCCAGCACUUGUCUUGUCGUGUCUUACUGCUGCUCCGCUCUCCAAGAUCUACAACGACAACUUCGGGUAA